AUGGCCUGGAGGCUGCCGCCCCUGGCCGUCCUCCUGCUCCUCGUCGCCGCGGCCGUCGCCCCCCUCUCCUCCGCCGUCCGCCCGGUCUCCGAAGCGCACAGAUCCGUCGCCGCCGAGCUCUUCGCCGCCUCCCCCGACGACUUGGAGACGACGUACGAGGCGGUCAGGACGUUCAAGAUACUCGGAGUGCAGAGGGAUAAGGGCCUUGAUGGCAAGGCCUGCAAGCUCGCCGCGGAUAGGCUGUCUUCGUCCUCGUCGCCCGCCAAGGAUCUGUUCCACGCGGUCCAGAUCGCUGGCGUUCUCGCAUGCAGCGUCGAUGCCGGUGUUUACGAUGACGUCGCGUCGAGGCUUAAGGCGGUGAUCAAGGACACCAAUUCGCUGCUGGAGUUCUACUAUUCUGUGGGAGGGCUGCUCAGCUUCAAGGAACAAGGCCACAGUGUUGUUUUGUCUGAUGCCGAUAGCACAUUUCAUGCAAUUAAGGCACUUAGCCAAAGUGAUGGGAGAUGGCGCUAUGACACCAACAGUGCUGAAUCCAGCACAUUUGCUGCUGGUAUAGCACUAGAAGCAUUGGCAGGAGUUGUUUCACUGUCUGAUGCGGAGGUUGAUCCGUCUAUGAUUGGAGUCGUUAAAAAUGACAUCGUGAAACUAUUUGGCACAAUCAAGAGCUAUGAUGAUGGAACCUUCUAUUUUGAUGAGAAGUAUGUUGAUGGUUCUGAAUACAAGGGCCCUAUAACAACUUCUGCUUCAGUAGUACGUGGUGUCACCUCCUUCGCUAAUGUUGUUUCUGGGAAAUUGAACAUCCCUGGUGAGAAAAUACUGGGCUUGGCAAAGUUCUUUCUUGGUAUUGGGCUCCCAGGUAGUGGAAGGGAUUGCUUUAAUCAGAUUGAGUCCUUGUCGCUCCUGGAAAACAAUAGGAUCUUUGUUCCUUUGAUCCUUUCACUUCCUUCCAAAGUACUGUCACUGACCUCCAAAGACCAGCUUAAGGUUGAAGUAACUACAGUGUUUGGUUCUGCGGCACCUCCGCUCAGAGUGAAUCUUGUGCAAGUCUUGGGCUCUGAUUCCAAGGUCAUCACCACUGACAGCAAGGAACUUCAGUUUGACCUCGACAACAAUGUUCAUUACUUGGACAUUACUCCAUUGAAAAUAGAUGUUGGGAAGUACUCGCUAGUUUUUGAGAUUACUCUUCAGGAUUCAGAACAUGAAACUGUUUACACUACUGGAGGGAGAAACACCGAGUCUGUCGUUGUUACAGGACUGAUCAAAGUUGACAAGGCAGAAAUUGGAAUUUCUGAGAAUGAUGCUGGGAGUGCGGAGUCUGUCGAAAAGUUAGAUCUGCUGAAAGAUACAAAAGUUUCUCUCUCUGCGAACCAUCUGCAGAAGUUACGUCUAUCUUUUCAACUAUCUACACCACUUGGACGCACAUUUAAACCUCACCAGGUUUUCUUGAAGUUAAAGCAUGAAAGCAAGGUUGAACACUUAUUUGUGGUGCCAGGUUCUGUGAGGCAAUUCAAAAUUGUUCUAGAUUUUCUUGGAUUGGUAGAGAAAUUUUACUACCUUUCGGGAACAUAUGACCUCGAGCUUUCAGUUGGUGAUGCUUCAAUGGAAAAUUCGUUCCUACGAGCCCUUGGCCAAUUGGAGUUGGACUUGCCGGAGGCCCCAGAAAAGGCCCCACGUCCUCCGGCACAAGCUGUUGACCCGUUAGCAAAGUUUAGGCCACAGAAGGAGAUAGAACACAUAUUCCGUGUGCCAGAGAAGAGGCCACCGCAGGAAGUCUCCCUUGCAUUUACUGGCCUCACGCUCCUCCCUUUCAUUGGGUUCUUGAUUGGGCUUAUGCGUCUGGGAGUCAACUUGAAGAACUUCCCUUCCCUGCCAGGACCAGCUGCAUUCGCAUCACUCUUCCAUGCCGGAAUCGGAGCAGUACUGUUGCUCUAUGUUCUCUUCUGGGUUAAGCUGGAUCUUUUCACAACUCUGAAGUACCUCAGCUUCCUCGGCGUGUUCCUUGUGUUCGUCGGCCAUAGGACCCUUUCUUAUCUUUCCAACACGGCAGCAAAACAGAAGACUGCUUGA